AUGACUGCUGUCGCAUCUCCACCUAGUGUGCAAUCGGGGUCUCGCUUGGGAUGGUACAGCACUGGUGACGGAGGACAAGGAGCCCUCUCUUCGAUGAACACCGACGAAGUGUCACGGAUGUUCAUGCCAAGGAAACACGUUCAACGGUCGAAUUCCUCAUCCUCGCUUGGGUCAACUGCCUCUACGAACACUGUGUCCAGCAACAAUUCACAAGAUAUCCAUGCUGGACAGGUCUCCAACGGUGAAUCCGGUACCUGGUCAUCAAAACCAAAGUCUACCCGCAAAGUCUGGCCAAACUCCAAAGCCGAACCAGUCUCGGGAGUUUCAACUGCACGAUCCCAAGCGGGCCCUGCAUUCUCGUCCGGACCAACUGCCUCAUCCACAAUGUCUGCGAUUCACCAGCCAUCCUCUAUUGUCCCGUCACAGCACAUGCUUCAGUCCUCUCAACAGAAUGGGGUCCGACAGCAGCCCAACGGACAAUCUGCGGACCCCCCCAGCUAUCUUGGCCCUUACGCCAAUGAACCAAACAUUCGAGAAGAAACAGAUAAAUUUCCUACCCCAUUGAAUGGCUUCUUUGAUUCAAAGGUCCUUUCUAGGCAGCACGCUGAGAUAUGGGCCGAGAAAGCUGGCAAAAUUUGGAUCCGCGACGUGAAGUCAUCAAAUGGAACUUUUGUCAACGGACAUCGAUUGUCACCCGAGAAUCGAGAGUCAGAUCCCCACGAGUUACGGGAAAACGAUACGCUUGAGCUAGGAAUCGAUAUUGUCAGCGAGGAUCAAAACACCAUUGUCCAUCAUAAGGUCUCUGCUAAAGUUGAGCACGCCGGUCUUUAUGGAUCCACCCCUAACAUCCUUGACCUAAACUUUGGAGAUUUGGAUCCUGCAUCUGGGGGCGGACUUCUACCUUCACCCCUCAGCCAACCGCUUUCGCACAUGCGCGGCCGAUCUGGUAGCAAUGCGAGCAAUCGUUCUGCCCAGAGUGCUGCCAGCAAUCAACUCAACGUUAUGCACCAACAACGUCAAAUGAACUACUGGAACUCCCCCAUAUCCGUUGAACAGGUGGUCAAAAGACUUACGAACGAGUUGAAGCAAGCCAAACAGCAGUCUCAAGAUCUUCGCCAAACAGACGAUUUCUUGACAGCGAUCAGACAGCCAGGUUAUGCUGAGAAGGAAAGAUUGAACAAGCCGUCGCCUCUCGAAGGUAAUCCUUCCCGCCAACUUAACGGACGCCCGAAAAUGCCCCGCGUCGAUUCUUUCUCCAGAUUCUCAGACCCACCCGCUCCUCCACCUCAACAACCUCUCCCCGAAAAGCCAGAUGCUCCCCCACGUAGUGGAUCGGAGUCGUUCUCGCCCCUGAAGCGCAGUGAUACGGAUAAAGCCAAGUCUAUGUCUACAAGUUCUCCCGUCUCUCGCGAAUCAAGUCAGAUCUUGUCUCUUAUUGAGGCAUUGUCAAUUGCCAAACGCGAAAUUGAUACUCAGGGCACUCGUAUCAAGGAACUCGAAGAUCUCCUUCGCGAGGAGAAAACUGCGCGUGAAUCUGCGGAAGACAAGGCCAAGAAGUUGGAAACCCCUACCCCCGCAGAGGAAGAAAUUAAAACCGAGAAGGCCCACCAGGAAGCUCUGGAGGAAGGACUUUUCGUCAAACAAGAACAAGACGGCGUCAACUCCACCGGAGAACCAAACGGUACCAUACUGUGUUCAGAGGUUCCCUCGCUCCCCGAAAACAAAGAGGCGGAGUUUUCAGCAAAAGCACACGCCGAGCAAUUGCAACGUCGUCUUGAUACCAUGGCCGGAGAGAUGGAAGAGAUGCGAAAGCAGAUGGCGUCUUUCAGGGAGCGUGCCGAAACCGCCGAGGACGAGACAGUCCAGUCGAGAAAGUCUUUGGCAGAGAUGAUCGAAACUCUCCGCCAAGAACGUAUCGAAAAAGCGGCAGCCACAGCCACCGAGGUCAAGACGGAUGGAUCCAAUGAUGAUCCAACAAAGUCUAUUUUCGACCAUUCGAUUCUAACCGAGAAUGGCGUUGCAGAAAUUGGCACCCCAGCACAGAAUUUUGAUCCCGGAUCUGUAAAGAGCCAAGAGGAGGACCCGACUUCAAAUGUUACAACUUCCUUACAACGGCGUCAAUACCUUGAGGAAGCAAGUCCCUACGCAUCCAUAUUCGGAGUGGUUCUCCUCGGGGUCGGAUUAAUGGCCUAUCUCAACGGGUGGCAAAAGUUGGACAAAUAA